GUCAUAAAUGUCAAUAAAAUUAACAACAUAACCUACUUUGAAAGUUUAGAAACAUGAAAAAACCAAAGACCAUUUAGCUUUCGAAAACACUCAUCACCAUGUCUUCGUCACAAUUCCCCGAGGAUCCAGUCAUGUCCUCUCAGUUAAUCGAAGCUGUGAUGAACAACGACGUCUCAACGCUGCGACGCCUGCGAGAAUCGGGUGUAUCGCUAGCUUGUAGGCAAUACUCUUCUUCACUUGACAAUAAUGGCACCUGCAGAUGCACCAACGAUCGACGCGUUUGAUUAUUUACUCACGCUGGACGAAGUCCCCAAAAACGCAGUCAAUCUGCGCAACAACACCCCUUUAUUUGAGGCCUUCGUCCGCGACUGGCAAAUUUUCGCGAUUAAACUGAUAAAAGCAGGUUGCGAAAUUUUUGACACUUUUAGUGACGGCAACACGGCACUGCACUGGGCCAUUCAAAACGGGUGGAUUGAAGUGGCCGAAUUGUUGAUAGAAAAUGGGUUCCAUGUAGAUAAGUUAAAUUCUCAAGGGAAAACCGCCCUAAAUAUUGCUUGUUGUUUCGAAUUGGUGGAUGAAAUCUGGAUGUUGCUGUUCUACGGAGCUGAUCCUCACCUAGCGCGUUGUUUCGAUAUUUGCGCAACGAAAAGCGUGAAAGCUGAAGUUCAAGAAAUAUUUCUUGACCAUUUAAUCGGGUACAAUGUAAGUUUUAAUCUCAUGACGUUUGCGACACUUCUUACGAAUAACGACAACGUGAAUUUUAUUAAAGUGUUGCAGACUGCUAAUGAUAUUAACUACACGAGUAACGACUUACGAGAUUUCUGUUCUCGUAUAGUGUUUUUUGACCCAACAUUAUUCCAGACGUUUUUAGAAAAAUUUCAGGACAUUGCCCACAAUAUAUUUACGCGGCGGUAUUUAAUAAACGUGUUCCUUAGUGAACAACGCAAGGAAAAUUUGGCAAACUAUAUCAAAAAUUUGUUUGUUUUAUUUGAAAGCCCGUUGUCGAAUUUUCUUGUCGAUGAGGUUCAUUAUUGCGUGGCGGACGAAGGAAUUGAAUUAGUGCCAUAUAUGCUCUUUAGUUGCGUGGAGUAUGACAAAACACCGGAAACGGCAACUUUAUUGUUGUGCUUUUUGUUAAGUUUGGGGGUUGAUUUAACUGUUCAAUGUAUGGAUGUAAUUUUUUUAAGUUAUGGGUAUUGUAAUUUGUUUAAAGUGAUGCUCCACAUGGAUAUUGUUGAUACGCGUGAUCUACAAGUCAAUUAUGUGGUUCCCCACAUAAUUUAUAAUAUCAAACAAACGAGUAACACGAUUGCUAAAAAUAUCGUUCAGUUCAAUUUUAUAGAUACCAAUAUUUAUAAAAUUUUUAAUUAUUUUGCGCUGCCAAAAUGGAUUAGGAUGUAUGUAAUAGAUCAUUACGAGUAUGAACCCAAUAAUGCGUUAAGCAAUUUGAGUACUUUGACAGUAGUUCCAAGUUUGGUAGAACUGGCGAGGAAUUGUCUGCACGAGUAUAUCGUUUAUAAAUUCAAAGUCAAAAACAGUAGACAGUUUUAUACACUCAUUAAACUACUACCAAUCGCACAAAUUCACAAAGAGAUACUUUCAUAUGAGAGGCAGUUAUACUUCUUAGAUUAGUUUAUCUCUUUUAAUUUCUCAUAGAAAUAUAAUACAAAUUUUUAUAUUUUAUGUAUUAAAUAAAACUCUAAAAUUGUU